GAUUGGGCCCCUCACAUGCUAGGUGCAUAAUGGCAGAAACCGUAUCUCCACUGAAGCACUUCGUGCUGGCGAAGAAGGCCAUCACCGAGAUCUUCCGCCAGUUACUGGAGUUUGUUACUGAGGGCUCACAUUUUGUUGAAGCUACAUACAGGAACCCGGAACUUGAUCGGAUAGCAACCGAGGAUGAUCUGGUGGAGAUACAGGGCUACAGAAACAAGCUCGCUGUCAUUGGGGAGGUGCUGUCUCGGAGGCAUAUGAAAGUGGCAUUUUUUGGCAGGACAAGUAGUGGCAAGAGCUCUGUCAUCAAUGCAAUGCUGUGGGAUAAAGUCCUCCCCAGCGGGAUUGGUCACACAACCAACUGCUUCCUGAGUGUGGAGGGAACUGAUGGGGAUAAAGCCUACCUUAUGACCGAAGGGUCAGAUGAGAAGAAAAGCGUGAAGACUGUUAAUCAGCUGGCCCAUGCCCUCCAUAUGGAUAAAGACUUGAAAGCUGGUUGUCUUGUGCACGUAUUUUGGCCCAAAGCAAAAUGUGCCCUCUUGAGAGAUGACCUGGUUUUAGUAGACAGCCCAGGUACAGAUGUCACCACAGAGCUGGACAUCUGGAUUGAUAAGUUCUGCCUUGAUGCUGAUGUUUUUGUUUUGGUGGCAAACUCGGAAUCAACGCUGAUGAACACGGAGAAACAUUUUUUCCAUAAGGUGAAUGAGCGGCUCUCCAAGCCAAACAUUUUUAUCCUGAAUAAUCGUUGGGAUGCUUCUGCUUCAGAGCCAGAAUAUAUGGAGGAUGUGCGCAGACAGCACAUGGAAAGAUGUCUUCACUUCUUGGUAGAAGAGCUCAAGGUUGUGAGUCCUUUAGAAGCUCGGAAUCGGAUCUUUUUUGUUUCAGCCAAGGAAGUUCUCAACUCCAGAAUGAAUAAAGCCCAGGGGAUGCCAGAAGGUGGAGGGGCGCUCGCAGAGGGAUUCCAGGCGAGAUUACAGGAGUUUCAAAAUUUUGAACAAACUUUUGAGGAGUGUAUCUCGCAGUCAGCAGUGAAAACAAAGUUUGAACAGCACACUAUCAGAGCUAAACAGAUACUAGACACUGUGAAAAACAUACUGGACUCAGUAAACGUGGCAGCAGCAGAGAAGAGGGUUUAUUCAAUGGAAGAGAGGGAAGACCAAAUCGACAGACUGGACUUUAUUCGAAACCAGAUGAACCUUUUAACGAUGGAUGUUAAGAAGAAGAUCAAGGAGGUCACGGAGGAGGUGGCAAACAAGGUUUCUUGUGCAAUGACAGAUGAGAUUUGUCGCCUGUCUGUUUUGGUUGAUGAGUUUUGUUCUGAGUUUCAUCCUACCCCCAGUGUGCUGAAAGUGUAUAAGAGUGAAUUAAAUAAGCACAUAGAAGAUGGCAUGGGAAGAAAUUUGGCUGAUCGGUGCACCAGUGAAGUCAAUGCCUCCAUUCUUCAAUCUCAGCAAGAAAUCAUUGAAAAUUUGAAGCCACUACUUCCAGCUGGUAUACAGAAUAAACUUCAUACAUUAAUCCCUUGCAAAAAGUUUGAUCUCAGCUAUGAUCUCAAUUGCCACAAGCUGUGUUCGGAUUUUCAAGAAGACAUUGUGUUUCGGUUUUCCCUGGGCUGGUCUUCCCUUGUACAUCGAUUCCUGGGUUCUACAAAUGCACAGAGGGUGCUGCUUGGGCUGUCAGAGCCUAUCUUUCAGGUCCCUAGAUCUUUAGCUUCAACUCCUACUGCUCCUUCUAACCCAGCAGCACCAGAUAAUGCAGCCCAGGAAGAGCUCAUGAUCACACUGAUCACAGGAUUGGCAUCCCUCACGUCUAGAACCUCCAUGGGCAUCAUAGUUGUUGGGGGCGUGAUUUGGAAAACAGUGGGCUGGAAACUCAUCUCUGUCACCUUAAGUAUGUAUGGAGCUUUGUACCUUUAUGAAAGACUGACUUGGACUACCCGUGCGAAAGAGAGAGCGUUUAAGCAGCAGUUUGUAAACUAUGCAACUGAAAAACUGCAGAUGAUUGUGAAGUUCACAAGUGCAAACUGCAGCCACCAAGUCCAGCAAGAAAUGGCCACCACUUUUGCUCGACUGUGCCAACAAGUUGAUGUUACUCAGAAACAUCUAGAAGAAGAAAUUGCUAGAUUAUCCAAAGAGAUUGACCAACUGGAGAAAAUACAAAACAAUUCAAAGCUCUUAAGAAAUAAAGCUGUUCAACUUGAACGUGAGCUGGAAAAUUUUUCGAAGCAGUUUCUCCACCAGAGCAGUGAAGAAUCCUAACAACAGAGGCACUGUAGGAGGACUCGGACUUGGAAGAUGGGAAGUGUUACUUUUAUGAGCCGACCUCAGUAAAAAUGACUGUACCCAUGCCUUGCGGAGAUUGUGGUAAUGACCUGUCUCAGGGCUUGCACCGUUGGAAGUGUUGUGAUUGACUUAGCUUUAGUUUGGAGUAAAGACUGAGUUGUUCGGGUUAAAUGAUGAAUUCCUUUAGAAACAAUGGAACCUGCUUUGUGGCCCCUGAGGGUGUGUCCUGCAGCUCCUCACCAGGCUGUCUGUCUGUCUGCAGCUCUCAGUAGCUGCUUCCUGGCAUCCAGGAGUUAGAGACCUUUUCAUCCUCUUCCUCAGUGCUAGUUCUUGAUGCUUCUUUAAUGGGAAUAGUGACUUUGUCUAAAGCUGAUUUGUUGAAACCAGGGGUGUGGGCUGCACCUGGGGGUCCUACAGUCACUCUGUCCUCACAGCAAGGAUGUAACCACUACUGAACAGUUUUUACUUUCUUUUAUUCCCAUUAAAGCUGGUGUGAAAUAGUAGCAAGGCCUGUCAUUAUAGCCACGCAUGAAGUGUCUGGGUCUGCUGUCCUGCUCUCUCUUUAGAAGCAUUUCAGCCUUGAGUCCUGCGAGGAGAACUUCUCUGCCUAAUGUGAAGUGGUCGGUCUGACGGGGUGAAAAUGGCCAGAGGGGGACAAGGCUGUGCUUGGAAUGUGGUGACAUCACCAUGACAAUGGAUCCUUAGGAGGACUCUUACUGAGGCAUUGGGCGUGUCUCCAUUGGAAACUUUGAAUUACAGGAAUUUCCUUGGGCUCCAUUACAAAUUACCACUCUGGGUUAGUGGUUUAGGUUUAGGUUCAUGUAAAUGUCUGAUUGACAGUGGUAUGGAAAUACUUGUGAGUAGCAGGACAGGAUUAUUCUCUACCGCCACCCCAGGGGACACUGCAUUCCACUAUGGUGUCAAAGGUCAGCAUUUCGGGCUGAAAGCAGAGAAGUGGUUAGUCUGGCUACAUUGAAGAGAGGGGCAAAGAGAUCCAGCAAACCAUCCACCUCCUUCCUUCCUGGAGCCUUUUCUCCUUUAGUCCUCAGCAUUUCUUUCCUACAGGUCUGUCCUCACAAUAGGUACACCUCUUGUUGGUUGGUUGGUUAGUGUGAGACAGUGUUUCUCUACGUAGUGUUGGCUGGCCUGGAUGGAAUUUGUUCUGUAGAUCAGGCUGGCCUCAAUUGAGAUUUUCCUGACUCUGCCUCCUCAGUGCUGGGAUUAAAGGCGUGCCCAGCCCUAGAUGCACCUUAGUUUUAAAAUACUUGACGAUAGAGACGUUUCAGAAUUACUUAAUUCCUAUGCAGAUUGAGUGUUCAGUUGCAGUAUUCAAAUUUAAAUUCAAGUGACUACCUUUUGCUUUUAUUGCUGAUUUUUAACACCCCCCACACUCCCCAACAGUACAGGCAACCAAGUGGGAUUGGCUGGAAAUUACAUGAAAAACUAGUAUCUAAAAUUGAGGUCUGCUAACCUAGGUUACAAAGUUAAUUAGCAAGCUACAGCUUGGUACUCUGGGUUAUCAACAUCACUUUUAACCGUGUAAGAAAUGCGGCUUAUCAAGCCUCAACACAGGUAUGGAAUCAAGUUGGGGUCUGCAGCAAGCUUCAAGAAGCCGUGCAUUGCCGCCCUGUACUCUGAAUCUGUGGACCAGUGUCUGUGGUUCAGAGUGCUUUUCUUCCCUGGUUAAGAGCGCGGUUCCAGGUGAUGGAGGGAACACGUCCCGGUGCUGAGCCUGGAGUGUUGACAUGAGCAGCUCCAUUACCAGGCAAGAGUGACCUGUGGCUCGGGGCUCGGCAUCACAGACUGCAGUCAUGACUACUGCGCAUUAGUUGCAACACACAUACUUGAUGAUUUACUGUGUCUGUUUACAAUAUUUAUAAACUUUGUAUGAUCUUAAACUUUUACAAAACAUUUUUUAAGUAUGCAAGCUUCCAAGAUGAAAAUAAACGUAUCUGCCUAUUAGUUGAUAAAUGUA